GAUUGGCCAGUCCCUCCGAGGCUCCCUAUUGGCGGAUUCGGACCAAAGGCGACGGAUGUAGAAAGCAAAAUGGAGGAUUACUUACGUAUAGAAAAGCUUGGAGAGGGAACAUAUGGCGUGGUAUACAAAGCCAAGAACCGCAAAAGUGGGAAGUUUGUGGCCAUGAAAAAGAUCAGACUGGAGAAUGAGGAAGAAGGUGUCCCCUCCACAGCUAUCAGAGAAAUCUCUCUCCUGAAAGAACUUCAGCAUCCCAACAUUGUCCUACUAGAAGAUGUAUUGAUGCAGGAGAGCAAACUUUUCCUUGUGUUCGAGUUCCUCAACAUGGAUUUGAAGAAAUAUCUUGACUCUUUUGAAUCUGGCAAAUAUGUAGAUAAGAAACUUGUGAAAUCUUACUGCUACCAGCUUUUCCAAGGAAUUCUCUAUUGCCAUCCGAAGGUGCUCCACAGAGAUCUCAAACCACAGAAUCUCCUCAUCAAUGAGCAGGGCGUCAUAAAGAUUGCUGAUUUUGGCCUUGCUCGCGCAUUUGGAAUCCCAGUGAGAGUGUAUACACAUGAGGUUGUGACUCUGUGGUAUCGAGCUCCAGAGGUCCUUCUUGGUUCCUCUCGAUACUCCUGUCCUGUUGAUGUUUGGUCUCUUGGCUGUAUAUUUGCCGAGAUGGUUACUAAACGGCCACUGUUCCAUGGUGACUCAGAGAUUGACCAGCUCUUCAGGAUAUUCAGAACCUUAACAACCCCCACAGAAGACAACUGGCCUGGUGUAACACAACUGCAGGACUACAAGGCCAAUUUCCCCAAGUGGACUGAUUACAAUCUUGGAAAUUCCGUCAAACAGAUGGACAGCGAUGGCUUGGACCUUUUAUCGAAAACACUGAUCUACGAUCCGACUCGAAGGAUUUCUGCCAAGGAGGCCCUGAAGCACCCCUACUUUGAUGAUCUCGACAAGUCCACUCUUCCAGCCAAGAAUUAAACCUUAAUUUAGAGGACA